UCUAAUCACACGAGUCGACCAUACACGCCAAAGUAGUCGCCAUGUCGGACGGAAAGGACAAGAGCGCGAACCCCAUGCGCGAGCUGCGCAUCCAGAAGCUCGUGCUUAACAUCAGUGUCGGAGAGUCUGGUGACAGACUUACCCGUGCUGCUAAGGUGCUCGAGCAGCUGAGCGGUCAGACUCCUGUCUACAGCAAGGCCCGCUACACUGUCCGUACCUUCGGUAUCCGUCGUAACGAAAAGAUCGCCGUCCACGUCACCGUCCGUGGCCCCAAGGCCGAGGAGAUCCUUGAGCGUGGUCUUAAGGUCAAGGAGUACGAGCUCCGCAAGAGGAACUUCUCCGAGACCGGCAACUUCGGCUUCGGUAUCAACGAGCACAUCGAUCUUGGUAUCAAGUACGACCCUGGCAUUGGUAUCUACGGCAUGGACUUCUACUGCUGCAUGACCCGCCCUGGUGAGCGUGUCGCUAAGCGUCGCCGCUGCAAGGCCCGUAUCGGUGCUCCUCACCGUAUCAACCAGACCGAGACCAUCAAGUGGUUCAAGAACCGCUUCGACGGAAUCGUCCGGUAAAUGUUUCAUUUCUGGUCUUUGGGGGAGCCAGGGGGCUGCGUUUAUGAUGAAUCAAUAAAAAAGGGCAGAAAAUAUGCCGUUCUGCUUUGAAAUACUUGUUUCUACCACGGCAUGAGGAU